AUGGAAGAACUGAAGCGGCGUCGAGGAGGAUUGAGGAGUGCUCUUUCUCGCUCGAUCAAUGGAGCAUUGGAGAAGCUCACCGAAGCAGAUCUUCAGGAGGAAGAAAUCGAGGUCCUGACUGCACAGCUAAAGAAGAAACUGGAGAAGUUGGAGGCAGUGGACGCAGAACUGGAGGUCCUCUGGACAGAACAAGAACUCGAGGCCGAACAACAAGAAAGCUUUGAAUAUAAUCCGGAGUUGAACCUAGUCAAAUUCAACGGGCAACGAAAGGACUGGAUGGCAUUUUGGGAACAGUUUCGGCAAGUCAUUCAUGACAAUGGGAGGCUUUCCGUUUGCGAGAAGUUCAGCUACUUGAGGUCAGCUCUCACUGGGGAAGCUGCAGCAGCAAUAUCUGGACUGCCACCUACAGAAAGGUGUUACAAUGACGCACUUGAAAUUUUGAAAGGUCGUUACGGGAAUGAAGCCCUGCAAAUAGAGGACCACAUGACGAGGCUCAUGGGAUUACAACCAGUCAGGUCCCACCAGGAUGCAAAGGGUCUCAGGAAGCUCCAUGACGAGCUGUCAUCGCAUACAAGAGCUCUGAAGGCAUUAGGAGUCUCGGAGGAGUCGUUUUCGUCAAUGUUGUACUCCCUAAUGCUUCGCCUGAUACCACAAAGCAUCGUUGUGGAAUUCAACAGAAGGAUGCUGGAGGCAGAAGAUGGAUCUCCAGAGGAAGGGGGAUCUCGAGAGGAGACGCCCAACGGACAAGGUGACAGAGAAAAUCCAUCACCUUCCAGCGGGGAGCACGUCGCUAAGUUACGUAAAUUCAUCAAGUUCCUACGAGUGGAGGUAGAAUGCUUGGAAAGAACGCUUACUGCUCAAGGAACAAGAAAAGAUACAGGAGAUGGAUUUCCAAAAAUGAAAGGCGCUCGAAAGCAGCGUACAAAGGGAUCAGCGAGACUGUCGUCAGCAGCAGCACUAGUCAACACUACAGAUCAGCUGUCGGAUUGUUUCUUUUGCAAGUCACGGGAUCACCGGACCACGGAGUGCGACACACGGAUGUCACAGGAUGACAAGCUGCGAAGGCUGCAGGAGGCAGGACGAUGUUUCCGAUGCACCUGGCCAAACCACGUAUCGAGGAAAUGUUGGAGGAAGGUGAAAUGCGGUAAGUGCCAAGGAAGGCACGCGGCUUCGGUGUGCAAUCAUCGUAGAGGAGAUGAAGAGGUGAUUCAAGACCGCGCAGCGGAUGGAACAACUCAACUGAGUUUAGAGCUGUUGAACGAAGAUUAUGCUCCUACGACUGUUUUGCAGACCACAGUUGCUUGGUGCAAAGGGGAAAAGGAGCAACGGAAAUGUAAGGUGAUGUUCGACACCGGCAGUCAACGCUCGUUCGUGACCAAGCAGAUCGCCCAGACGCUCCACUGCAGGACGGUGGGAGAAGAGACUGUAAAAGUAGGAGUGUUUGGAGGGCAAGAGGAAGAGCGGCUAUAUAGACGAGUUCGACUGAAACUGCAAAGUAUAUACAACGAGAACGAGUACGACCUGGAAGUCCUGAAAGCCAAGGACCAGCAAGUUCUCAUCGGCACAGACGUGUACUGGGAUCUGGUGACAGGAGAAGUGAUCAGGUUAGGACGAGCACUGAGAGCAGUAGAGACGCGGCUGGGAUGGACAGUGCACGGGGCUACUUCAGAAGCGGGAAGGAGUCACGAGUCCAAUCAAGCACUGGUACUACGAGUUUCUGCUAAUCAGGACCAGCAGGAUAACUACGUGCAGAAGUUUUGGCAACUGGAAGCAAUUGGAGUCGCACCAGAAACCGAAAAGAGUGAAAGCGAUAGUGCACUGCGGCGGUUCGGCGAAACGGUGACUUUGAACGAGGGACGCUAUGAGGUAUCACUUCCAUACAAAGCCGUAGGGAACUUGGACAGCAACGAAGAGAUUGCGCUGAAGAGGCUGGGCCAACUAACCAGAAAACUGUCAAAAAACGAAGAACUCAUGAACAGAUAUGAUGAAGCCAUACGCAUGUAUAGUCAAAAUAACAUGGCGGAGAGAGUACCGGCGAAGAGCGGGGAGGUCGUCUACUAUAUGCCUCACCAGGCGGUACUGAGAGAGACGAGUAGCACUACCAAAUUGAGAGUGGUGUUCGACUGCUCAUCAAGUAAUGGAAGCACGAAGUCCCUCAACGACUGUUUGGAAGUCGGGCCUAAUUUAAACCCGGAUGUAGUGGAGCUAAUGAUCAACUUCCGAAUCAAUAAGGUGGCUUUAGUAGCGGAUGUGGAGAAAGCCUUUCUGCAAAUACAAGUGAAGGAGGACGAUAGGGAUGCUCUCCGCUAUCUCUGGUAUGAAGGAAAGCCACAAAAAGGAAGCCCGCUACCGAAAGUAGAACAUUGGAGAAUGACAAGGGUACCCUUCGGCACAACGGCGAGUCCUUUUCUGCUGGCGGCGACAUUACGACAUCAUUUUAAGGUCAUGGAACAAGAAUACCCUGAUACCGCAAAAAUGCUGGGAAAGCACAUAUACGUGGAUGAUCUGGUGACUGGGGCGAAUGAUGCAAAAGAGGCAAUCAAGAUUGCGAAAGACUCAACAGAGAUCCUACAACGUGCGAACAUGAAGUUGCACAAGUGGCCAUCAAACGAUAAAAGCGUGCUGGAGUUCCUGAGAGAAACAGACAUGUUGACGUUUUCUGUCGAUGGAGUUUGGAACAUGUACCAGGCAACUGGGGCCACCAAACGACUUGUGCUACGAAUUACAGCACGGAUAUUUGAUCCACUUUGGAUGUUGGCACCGUUUACUAUCCGUGGAAAGGCAAUAUUUCAGGAGCUGUGGAAGCUAAAGGUCGGAUGGGACGACCCUUUGCCUGCGCAGUCGCAAGUAUCCUGGAGCCAGUGGGGUUCGAACUGUAUCAUCUUCAAGAGGUUCAAUUACCAAGCCAAGCUGAAGAAACGGAGUGGGGAAGGUGGACCUCUCGGCUCAGAAGAGGUACGAGAAGACGAAAAUUAUUGUCUGAAGAUCGUGCAGCAGAACGCGUUUCAUGCAGAAAUAGCCAGCGGUUCAGAGCCAAAGACCGUCGCCUGCGAAAUCGCCCCUACAAGGGUACAGUCUGUUUUGGACGGCGAAGGGAUCCUCAGGAUGACUGGCAGAUUACAAGAAAGCGACCUACCCUACGCUCAAAAGCAUCCUAUUGUGCUACAAAGCAAGACCCUUACUCUGAAGCUAUCAUCAGAAAGUGCCAUUUGGAUGUGUUACACGGCG